AUGCCUACUUGGGAAGGCAAUGACAUGAUUACUGACCGAACCAGGAAGGAAUCAGACUCGGUCGGUAAACUAUAUGGAAAUGCUCAACAUUCUGCCAGAAACCUUGACGCCAGUCAAGCGCUUGGAGAGACCCACCACUUUGAAGGAAUUGACUUUCGAACAAUUCGAAAGCAGCAGGCAGCAUUAGUGAAAUCCAAGAUUCCGCAGAGUCUACUAGGCAUUGGGCAUCUCUGGCAAGAAAUCUGCAAGCUCAAGACUAAGCGCGAGCGCAAGAAUCGUAUCAUGUUGGUGGAAAGCAAGGAAUCGGGAUAUGGAAAGCCGGUUCCUGUCCUGAAAUCAAACGAUUACAACUUGAAAGAUGGCGAAUCCUCUGUCUUUGAUCGUGAAUUGAAGGAUGAUUCAAAGACCAAGUUUCAGGUUGCAAAGCAGAAGUGUCGAGCAUUUGGUCACCAAGACUUUUGUCAGGUCUGUCGUCAAGGUGGAAGCAGCAGCGGCUUCUUGUCUUGCCCUUGGUGCCCCUGUUUUGUUUAUGUCCAAUGCGUUGUUGGUGGUUUGACACGAGCCAAGGACUUUCAGGCAGUGCAACAAAUAGAAGGCUGUCGUGGCGUCUUCUUCUUCUUCUCGACUGGUGACGGUUGCACCACAACUUGUGGACGAACUGCCUUGGCACGGAUCUUUCUCGAGGCCUUGUCAAGCGCAGUACCUUCUUCUGCUUCUUGUUGCAGCUCGGAUAGCUCUUCUUCCAAACUCUUUGUAACCCCGAAUCCAAAGGAGACGUCAAUUGGAUUGGGAUAG